AUGAAUGAUUCCAAUCAAACCUCAAAUCAACUGUCUAUUGUAAAAACAAGUAUUCCCACACAUGGAAAUGAUCUACUGACCCCUAUUCAACUAAAGGACUUCGAGUAUGAUUAUGCCAAUAUACAUUAUCCAGUUCCAUUCAAUAAGCUGGUUUCGGAUAUCUCCAAUCGAUAUGAUAAUUAUGGAGUGAAGAUAGAAUCAGUUCCAUUCGUUCUAACAGGUGAUAUACCCAAGUUUGAGAAGCAAACAUCAGAAGUGUUAAUGAUGACUGGAGCAUCUGACAACCAUGCUUUGGGAUCGUUCAAUUGUCUCUUCUCUAUGGUAGUAGCAGAUCCGUAUGCUUCUUAUAUGUAUAUCGAUUUGGGAUUAUCUACAAGAUUCAGAAACAUUUUGUUUACUCAUUUCAAUACUAUUCAUCAAAUCCAAAAGAAAAUGAACUCGACUGGAUUCAUUGCAUAUCGUAAAUUCAAAUUCAACUCAUUUCCAGCAUGGAUAAAGCUUGCAGGAAACAAACAACAACGAGGCGGAUAUGCAUGGAAGGUAAUUCCAUUAGGAGAUGCCUAUUUUGCCUGGAAAGGCAUAGUAUUUUGGCUAGAUGGAGGAAGCUUGAUUCGCGAGGGAAUAAAUCGUGAAUUGACAAAUGUUCGGAUGGAUGGAAUUUACAGUUUAUUAUCUUCAGGUAAUCAACAGAAAUGGACUUAUAAUGCUACAUCAGAUUUCUUAGUACGAAAUCAUUUGAUCGAUCGUUUUAACCCCAGGGAUCCAAAUGCAUCUGGAGGUCAUCUGAUCAUCGAUUGGUCUAACAAAACUGUAUUGAAUAAGGUAAUGAUUCCCUAUUAUCAGUGUGCUUUUACCCAAAAAUGUAUGUCACCUCGCGGAUCCAACAAGAUCAAGCAGUAUUGUCUGCUUUAUUGA